AUGGCUGAGAUGGAAAGCAUGAGAAAAGAGUGGGUGGAGGGGUUUGAUGAUACUGGAAAGCCCUUGGAAAGGAUUACGAAGUCUGAACAGCUUCAGGAGCAACAGCGGAAAAUGAAGAAGGAAGAGGUUGAGUUGAACAAAGCGCUGCAGAAGGAGCAGUUUGAGAUGCUCGAGCUGCAGAACAAGUUGAAAGAAUGCAACGACGAGUAUACUCAGGAGAGACAGAAUCUGGACGAGUUAAGGUCGCAGCAGAGAGUAACCCUGGACACGGAUCAGAAAUUUCGUAUUUUGAGUGUAACCAAAGAAACAAUUGAUCGAUUCCUGCGGAAGAGACCAAAGCUUGAGGAUGAACAGAUGGUUGACGUGCAUUUCCUCACUGGCACGGAAACGACAGGUUUCAACCUUCACAUCAAUGGUGAAGGAGCAGGCUCUCGGGAUGCAAAAUUCCUCGUGCACCUGAAUGAGAAGGUUGAAAGCCUUGGCAAACAAGCAGCUAAGUACUGGGGCCUCGAUCCUGACAAAGUUUUUUUUUUGGAUGGCGAUGGCCGUAUUGUGCUUGACAACAUGACUCUGGUGGACAUUAUUCUUCCUCCAGCGCGACACCUGGAUGGAUUUGAACUGCCAAAAGAACACAACUUCUGUAAACAACCCAAGGAUCCCAAGGUUUGUCCGAGUAAACUUGCAGAGCUCACAAAGCUCAAGUUCUACUGCCUUGGUGCCGCAGAGGGGGAGCGCCGCAACUAUUGCCUGACACUUGUUCGUGCCAGCACUGUCCUGAGCAAAGAGGACUUGAACAGGCCAAAGGGGGAAAAAUGGGAAGAUUUUACAUUUAACGAGCGCCAGCUGGAGAAGGAGCUCGAAAAUGCACGAAAGAAGCGUGGAGGUGAAGAUGGAGAGGCUGCCAAGAUCAACAUGGAUAUCAUACCAUCUCUCAACGAUCUGAUGCAGCAGGGCCAGGAGAAAAAGCGCAGAAAAAGGGCAGACACAAGGUGUCGACUACUGGAGUUCUCCGUCUUCGUCGUUUGCCAGGUCUCUGGAGACGGAUAUGCACAUCCAGAUAUUGAUGCUCGCCAAUGCUCGCCAAUGCUUUCUGAAGUGAACAUGGCUUCUGCAGGCAACUCAAACCACCUCAACUUCAUCAACAGUGACUACAACGAAGACAAGCACGACAAGAAGUGUCACACGGACACAGGCCACGAGCAUCUCCACUACUUCUGUUGCUUGGACCGCUUGGACCGCUUGGAUUGCACCAAUGUCUCAGUGCCAACUCCUGUGACGGUGAAUCCUGGAGACAUCUCCUGCAUCCCUGAGCAGUUCAGGUAUUGCUCAAAUCUGAGAGCGAUGCAUAUCCUGGGAAAAGGCCAAGAGUUGGGCCACGAGGUUCCGAACUGCGUUCCUCUGUAUGACAUCAACAUCCCAAACGCGUACCUGCAUUCCCUUACGCAUCCUCAAGUCUUCUCCUAUGCCAAUGGGAAGAUUGGUUCCUACUUCGAGGGCGAUCGAUCAUUCCUGGACGUCAGCAACGGCACAGAGGCAUUCAGACAGUCCCUGGAGAGCUUCACGCUCAGCACAGGGGAGCCCUUCACAUUUCAGGGCUCUGCUCAACAGCUUACCACUGUGGUGUACGGGGCAACAACCAACGCCAUUUUCAUCUUCCAUUUCUUGGUGGAGAACCGCCUUUCUGGAGGCUUGGUGACAUCAAUCCACAAAGAUGUCUUCCUCUUGGACCUGGAGCCAGUAGAAAGCCAUGUGUAUUUGCUCUUGGCAUGUGCUUCAGCGGUUCUAUUGCUUCUUAUGGAGAUGAGAAGGAUUUUUCACUGCCCGGCUGCCUGUACCUUUGAGGAGGAGCGGACCAAGUGCUCCAUUUGGUCACUUUUGUUUCUGGUGCUCCCAGCAAUGAUUUUGGCAAUCUCCUGUUUGAUGCUGGUUCAAGACACAUUCACCGGCAAUCUGCUCGAGGCUGGGCGAACAUCGGAUGCAGCGCUCUACGAUUAUUUGUGGCUCCGGAUCAAGUUGGAUCGCAGCAGACUUACCAUCGUUGUGAUUACACUAUUCCUCUUCAAUGCGCUGAUGCUGAAAUACCUCCUGUUGCACUUCCCACAACUUUUGUCAGCGACGCAGAUAGUGAAAAAACUUGCAGCGCCACUUAUCACAGUUCUUGUUCUCACUUGCGUCACGGUGUUUUCCUUUGGAGUCUUCUUGUACGCAGUCUUUGGAACUGCAUUCAGAGCAUUCGAAGGCAUCGCAACAACUUGGCUCAAUGUGGUGCUGUGGUCAAUGGGCUACAUCAAAGAUUGGCAAGCAUAUUAUCGCUUCCAGCCUGCACUGUGGACCUUUAGCAUCUUCGUCGCUCUCUGCCUCAUCCAGCUGACACUGAAUGUCUUGCCAGCCGUGAUCAUGCUUUCUCACAAGAAGGAAGCCGACCUGGUGGAGAACUAUAGCUACCACGCCUACUGGGCCAGCGAAAGAAGUAAAAACAGUGGGAAAAAGAGCUUCAAUCCUGCUCUGGUAGGUUGGGACUUCACAGAUCCAAAAGACCCCAGAGAAGUUGAGCACUGA